AUGCAGGUAGUCAGCGCAAGUCCUGGUACGAUUACAUUAGAGUUCAGCAGACUAAGUCAGAUCACGGGAGAUGACAAGUAUUAUGCCGCAGUAUCACGUCUCAUGGAUGUGUUCCACGAAAACCAAAACGCAACCAAGCUACCUGGCAUGUGGCCCAUGUACGUUUCCAUGCGCAAUAAGGAUGUUGUUUCGGGGUUCCAAUUCACGAUCGGAGGAAACGCAGAUUCCCUUUAUGAGUACCUACCCAAGGCGCAUGCCUUGCUUGGGUCAGCGGACGACAGCUCGAGCAAGUACGAGGCCAUGUCCCGGGCCUUCAUGGAUACAGCGAUGAAGAACCUGUUCUUUGCACCUAUGAUACCAGGAAACGAAGACAUAUUGAUCUCGGGAAACGUCGAUGUACACGAAGACGGGCCUAGCCUUGACCCUGAAAGCGAGCACUUGUCAUGCUUCAUCGGCGGUCUUUUUGCUCUCGGUGGACGCCUGUUCAGUAACGAUGAAUAUCUCACUACUGGAGCGAGGUUAGCCCGUGGGUGUGCUUAUGAUUACAAGGCCUUCCCAUCAGGCAUUAUGCCAGAGAGGUACAACAUGGUACUUUGCCCUGGCCCAGACCACCGCAAAUCCUGUGUUUGGAGCGAGGAGCGGUAUGCUGCUGAAGCAGCAAAACGGGCACAAUACAAAGCCCACUUACCCAAAGGCUUCACCACUGCUAAAGAUCCUCGGUACAUCUUACGGCCCGAAGCAAUAGAAUCCGUCUUUAUACUCUGGCGCAUCACAGGCGACCCCGUCUGGCGUGAAACGGCAUGGGAAAUGUUUGAUGCAGUUGCCAAAGCGACUGAUACCGAAUAUGCGAAUGCCGCCAUCAUGGACGUCACUGUCGUUGGAUCGAAAAAGGAGGAUUACAUGGAGAGUUUUUGGAUGGCGGAGACAUUGAAGUAUUUCUAUCUAUGCUUUGCAGAUACAGGGUUGAUUAGCUUGGAUGACUUUGUCUUAAAUACAGAGGCGCAUCCUUUCCGACUUUCCAAGAGAUGA